GGUCAGAGGGUAACUCCAGGUCACAAACAUGGCGGCCUCGUUUCGGUACCGUGUUCGAUUACUGCUAAAACGGGUUUUCUUUAGAGAACUGAUAUAAAUCCGCAGCCAACGAGAGUGUCAAACAUGGCCCUGGCAAGGCUAUCUGUACUUCACCGGGAAACUUUCAAAGCUGUGGUGAACCAAAUCAGAGGCAAGACUACCAAACAGCGCUACUCCCAGAGCAGAUCAGAAUUGGCAGACCCACAUAUAGGUGAAGAACCAGUGUACAAGUAUGUUGGUGAAAGAGUUAGAAAGAAGCAGCGCAUAUUUGUCUGGGGAUUCAGUUACACAGGAGCUUUGGGGAUUCCCAGCUUUGUCGUUCCUGACAGUGGCCGAAAAAAACCCAGAAAGUAUCAGCUGAACCCUUACAGACUGGAAAUGGAUGCUAAGAUCUCUUCAGCUGCUUGUGGCUAUGGAUUCACACUGUUGUCUUCUAAAACACAAGACCUCAAUAAAGUGUGGGGAAUGGGACUCAACAAAGACUCUCAACUGGGCUUCCAAAGCAGCCAACGAGAUCGUAGUCAAAGUUACGAGUACGUCCUUGAGCCGUCACCUGUCCCGCUUCCCUUGGAAAAACCUCAGAAAAGCAAAGUCACUCAAGUGGCCUGUGGCCGAGCUCAUUCACUAGUCCUCACUGACGCAGAAGGAGUAUUUAGUCUGGGAAACAAUGCAUAUGGGCAGUGUGGACGGAAGAUUGUGGAAGAUGAAGUGUACAGCGGCAGCCAUGUAAUCCAUAAGGUGCAGGGGUUUGACAGCAGAGUAGUUCAGGUGGCUUGUGGGCAGGACCACAGCCUUUUCUUGACUGAAACUGGCAAAGUAUACUCUUGUGGCUGGGGUGCCGAUGGUCAGACUGGUCUCGGGCACCACAAUAUGACAAGUCAGCCUCAGAAGUUGGGUGGUGAUCUGGAGGGUGUUCAAGUAAAGCAAGUGACAACUUAUGGAGACUGCAGUUUGGCCAUCUCCCAAGAGGGGGAGCUGUUUGGCUGGGGAAAUUCAGAGUACUUACAGCUUUCUGCAAUCACAGAGUCUACUCAGGUAAAUAUCCCACGGAGGCUGCCUUUCACAGAGAUGGGGCGGGUAAAGCAGGUAGCCUGCGGAGGAACCCAGGUGGCAGUGCUCAGCGAAGAUGGUCAUGUGUUUGUGUGGGGUUAUGGAAUCCUGGGUAAGGGUCCCAACCUGUCAGAGUCCAGAACACCUGAGCUUAUUCCACAAAGCCUCUUUGGUGGUUCUGAGCACAACCAGGAUGUUUUUGUGACUCAGAUUCGCUGUGGACUCCACCACUUUGCAGCCAUCACAGGCCGAGGUGAGCUAUUCGUUUGGGGCAAAAAUCUCCGAGGUUGUCUGGGUGUUGGCAGGCAAGAUGACCAGUAUUUUCCAUGGCGGGUAACUUUGCCAGGGGAGGUGGUGGAUGUCGCAUGUGGAGUGGACCAUAUGGUGGCAAUUGUCCAGUCACUAGUCUGAGAGUCCACAGGAAGGCGAGUUCUAAGAAGUAGCGGCUCCCAGACCUCCAGCUCUUAUGUGUGCCUUUUUAUGUUGUAUGAAGAUAAUAUCUGUAAAUGUGUUUGGUUAUAUUAUUUUAUAAAAUAAAUGCUGCUGAAACAAAAGGA